UCGUUUUUAGUUUAAAUAUGAGAAAACAAAAGUGUUUUAUUAUUUUAUCAUUCAUAAUCGGUAUGGUAACAGCUCAGUCCGGCAGUGAAUGCAAUACUCCAAAUCUUGAAAAAGGUAUUUGUAUCGAUGUUAAGAGCUGUCCAAGUUUACUAACUCUAUUAGAAAAUCAGAGGCACGUACCGUCCGUUUUAGACUUCCUUAAAAAAUCUCUUUGUGGAUUUGAAGGCAAAACUAGAAAAAUGUGUUGCGCUUUGGAAAGUAAUGUAACAACGGUACCACCACAUGUAGAGGUAACUACUGUGGAUAUCGGGUUAGAUUUAAAAUUAAAAUUACCGCCGGAAACUACGUGUGGAGUAAGAAACGUCACUAUCGUAAAAAUUUUGGGAGGAGCUCCAUCGGAAUUAGGGGCUUGGCCUUGGAUGGUGGCCCUUGGCUAUGUGGGUGUAAACCAAAAUAAUCGUGUAUUACAGUGGAAUUGCGGUGGUACAUUGAUAACAAACAAACACGUGCUUACAGCCGCACAUUGUGUUUUUAAACUGUGGAAUAUGAGACUGACUACUGUACGAUUAGGUGACUUGGAUUUGGAUCCUACUGUCAAAGACAAUGCAAGGCCAUUAGAUGUUUCAGUUGAACGUAUCAUCAUACAUGAAAAAUAUAACGGAUAUAAUUUUGCCAAUGACAUAGCUUUAUUGAAGUUAAGAAAUAGUGUCACUUUUAACGAUCUAAUACAACCAAUAUGUAUGCCGAUGACUUCAAUUCUUAGAGACUUAGAUAUUUCGAGACGUUUGCUAUUUAUUGCUGGUUGGGGUACCACUAUACCUACGCAAACUAACAGUGCUCCACGCGUAACUGCUUUGAUGAAAGUUCAAGUUCCAAUAGCGAAGGCUGAUGAAUGUGCACGAGUAUAUUCAAACAUGUCUCAAGCAGUAAUUGACGACAGAGUGUUAUGUGCUGGAUUUCCAGAGGGAGGAAAAGACAUGUGCAGGGGUGAUUCGGGAGGUCCAUUAAUGUAUCCAAAAGGAAAAGUAUUUUAUUUGAUAGGUAUAGUUUCCUUCGAAACCAAAAAAUGUGGCGAACCAGGAUUCCCAGGCGUGUACACUAAGGUACCUUCGUUCAUGGAUUGGAUUAUUGACAAAUUAAAUAAAAACGUACAUAAGAAAUAUGAUUAUUUAUUUGUACAAAACAGCAAUCGGCUCGAUGUUUUGCACACAGUUUACCGCACCGUCGUCGGUGUACGUAGACAUACAGCGCUUAGUAUAUUUCAGGCAAACGUCGCGCGUCAUAUCCGGAAGUCGGGAAACCGAUUCACCUUAAACAUGAGAAAACAAAAGUGUUUUAUUAUUUUAACAUUCAUGAUUGGUAUGGUAACAGCUCAGUCUAGUAGUGAAUGCAAUACUCCAAAUUUUGAAAAAGGUGUUUGUAUCAAUAUUAAGAGCUGUCCAAAGUUACUAACUCUUUUGGAAAAUCAAAGACAUAUGCCGCCUGUUUUAGUCUUCCUUAAGAAAUCUUUUUGUGGAUUUGAAGGCACAAAUACAAAAGUGUGUUGUGCUUUGGAAAAUAUUUCAACACCGGUACCAUCACGCAUAGAGGAGAACCGAACAACUACUAAGGGCACCGUGUCAGAUUUAAGAUCAAAACUACCUUCGCAAACUACUUGUGGAAUAAGCAACGUCACCCGCAUUCGAAUUAUUGGAGGAAAUCCCUCGGAAUUAGGUGCUUGGCCUUGGAUGGCGGCCCUGGGCUAUCAGGGCUUAAAAAAAAAUAAUCGUGCGGUACAAUGGCGAUGCGGCGGUACAUUGGUAACAAACUCACACGUGCUUACAGCCGCACACUGUGUUUAUAAUAUUCAAAAUGCAAAACUGACUACUGUACGAUUAGGUGACUUAGAUUUGGAUCCUACUGUCGAAGACAAUGCAAGGCCAUUAGAUGUUCCAGUUGAAAGUAUCAUCAUACACGAGGAUUAUAAUGAAAAUGUGUUAGCCAAUGACAUAGCGUUAUUGAAGUUAAAAUAUAGUGUCACUUUUGACGAUUUAAUACAACCGAUAUGUAUGCCAAUGACUUCAAAAAUCAAAAACGUAGAUAUGUCGAGAAGUUUACCUUUUGUGGCCGGUUGGGGUACAACUCGACCUACGGAUACUUACAGUGCUCCACCCGUAACUACUUUGAUGGAAGUACAAGUUCCAAUAACGAAGUCUGAUGAAUGUGCAAAAGCAUAUUCAGACGAACCAUCUGCAAUAAUUGAUAACAGAGUGUUAUGUGCUGGUUUUCCAGAGGGAGGAAAAGACUCGUGCAGGGGUGAUUCGGGAGGUCCUUUAAUGUAUCCAAAAGGAAAACAAUACUAUAUAAUGGGUAUAGUAUCUUACGGAUAUAGAAAAUGUGGCGAACCAGGAUACCCAGGCGUGUACACUAAGGUACCUUCAUUCAUGGAUUGGGUUAUUGACAAAAUUGGUAAAAAUUGA